AUGAGGCCAGGAACACUACUAGUAGCUGCAGCGCAAGAUGCUAACCUACAAAUAUAUCCUCUUGCGUGGAGUGUUGUCGAUGGGGAAACAAAUGCAUCGUGGUAUUGGUUCUUUGCAAAGUUGAAAGAUGUCAUUGAUGAUUCAAACCAGCUAGUGUUUGUGUUGGACAGGAAGAAGAGUAUUAAGCAGGCAAUUACGAGGUUGUUCCCACUUUUUCACCACGGUGCCUUCAUCUGGCAUAUCGAGAAAAAUCUUAUUUCAAGGUAUAGCAGUAGCAAUGUCAUCUUCUUAUUCAAGCGGGCAACGCUAGCAUACCGCGUAUCGGAAUUUGAUCAGUUUAUGACACAGAUAAGAACCAUUCGACUGUCAAUGGCAUCUUACUUGGAACGUGCCGGUAUAUCCACCUGGUCACGGGCACAUUUUGUUGGUAAUCGGUACAACGUUAUGACGAAUAACAUUGCGGAGUCACUGAAUUCAGUCCUAAGGCGACAAAGAAGUUUCCCUAUAACCUCGUUAAUCGAAAAUAUUAUGUCAUUGAUGCAACGAUGGUUCUACGAGAGAAAAAGUGCAUCCACGAAAUGUAGUACGACUGUGACACCAAAAAUUGAUGAUGAAUUGAGAAAAUCAUUUGACGUCGGUGCAACUUUACCAGUACGAAAUUUGGACGAACUCGUUUUUGAGGUAGGUAUAGCUACCGAACUUUGUAUUGUCGACCUUAUAGGUAACACAUGUUCAUGUCGAGAGUUUCAAAUGCGACAAAUCCCAUGUUCACAUGCAUCCCGAGCUGCUUGUGCAAAAGAAAAAUCAUUGUAUGAUUUGUGCUCCUCUUACUACACCACAGAAUAUUGGCGAGCUGCGUACAAUGAAGUUCUUCACUCCGUUGGCCGAGAGUCAGAUUGGGUUGUUCCUCAGUCUAUUCGUUCCGUCGAAGUUUUGCCCCCGAAUAUACGUAGAGCACCAGGUCGACCUCCUACCCAACGUCAACGGUCAAGAACUGAAAGGUCCACGUUGAGACGAAAAUGCGGCCGAUGUGGGGGUUCUGGACAUAACAGACAAACAUGUCAGAAUUCGACAUCUUUAAGUGACACACACAAUGUGGUAAUGGAUACAAAAGCAACCUAUGAAUGA